AAAAAUGGAAGCUUCUAGCACAAGUUCUAGGUAUAAAAGUUCAAGAGCAAAAUCCUUGAAAAAGAGAAACAGUUCGUACUCCAGUCAUGAGAGUUCCCAAAAUCACUCUCAAAACCAAGAAGAAAAAUCAAGUGAAUCUGAAUAUUCCACUCAGAAGAUCGGGAAGAAGAGGGAAAAUGCAUUUCGAGUUCAGAGAAAAUCCACUAGAAACCGAAGGCAAAGGGACCCUGGAGUAAUCAUUGAUCCGUCACAAGUCAGAGCCUUCAAGACAGUCAAGCGCAAAGUCAAAGAAGCUAAAAAGAAGCUUGAAGAAAAAGAAGACGAACCUGAAUCAGAAGGCGCAGAUUUUCUUAACGAAGACAUCAAAAAGUGUAUCCUCCUUCUGAAGAAGAACAAAGAUAAGGAGAUCUAUAGAAAAGAAAAAGAGAGGCAAAAGAAAGAUCAAGAACGAAUGCAAAAGCUGCAAAGAGAAAAAGAAGCAAGAGAUAGCAAAAAGAUGAAUCUGAUACGCCAGAAGUUGAGCCACUCGAAGCAAGCAUAUAUCAGUCCAAUCAUUCCGACAGCAAUAAAGCCAAGUUGAGGUUAUACUGAACUAGAUGAAUUCCUUCCAUCAAAUAUUGGCGCGGAACGGCUAAAUAAUAUCCCAGCUGUAUCUCAGAUGUUGUGAUAUAUUAAAAAGAUUGAGAAGCAAAGGGAAAUGCAAUUAAACCCAUUCCUAAAGUAUCCUCAGUUUUAUGAAGACAACCCAAAUCGGGUGAUAAAUUUUCACUCAACUUAUGAAUAUACAAAAAGAAACUAUCCUGAAAAAUUAGAGAAGAAAAAGAACAGAUUUAAGCUAAAAUAUAAUACACCUGUUCUUGGUAGUUAUAUCUGUGAAUCUGAUUCUCAUAUGCAUGUCAACAUUGCCCAUUUCAUUUAGGAAGCAUGCCGAGCAUACUAGAAAAGAUAUUUUAAUGGAUAAAUAUGGUCAGGAAUCAUCACCCAAUAUGGAUUUAGAGAAAAAUUCAUAUUUACUGUCACCAAGCUCUUUAAAUGACAUCAAAAAGACUAAAAAGCAAGGAGAGUAUAGACACCGUGGGAGCUUCUCUCAUUACUCUAUGCAGCCUAAAUUUAUAAACCCUCCUGCUAGUGCUCCUUCCUUUGGAAAUUCAAGUCCUGUCGGAGAGCCAAAGAAUCAGGAUACGGACAAGUCCCUGCAAUGUGAUAAGGAAAUUAUAGAGGAAAAGCAACCACUUAAAGAGAAUCAAGCAUGCAGAAAUGGAAAUGAAGAGAAGAAAUCACUGAAAAGAUACAGCUAUGUUAUAUAAAAUUAUUCA